UUGAAAAUAAAUAAAUAAACGUUAUCGUUGCUAAAUUUCAAUUUGGGAUAAAUCAUCACAAUGACGAUGCCUCGAUCUUGCGAUACAUUUGUAGUACUGCCGCCACUCACUAAAAACAAUAUAGUCAUUUUCGGUAAAAAUUCUGAUCGACCUCAGAACGAAGUCCAAGAAGUGAUUUUGUCUAAGGACCGGGCACUAGACUCCAAGUUGAAGUGUACAUAUAUAACUAUUGAGGAGAGUCCCGAUCCAAUCAAUAGUGUUAUUCUAAGUAAGCCAGCUUGGAUGUGGGGUGCAGAGAUGGGAGCUAAUGACAAGAAUGUAGCCAUUGGAAAUGAAGCAGUGUGGACCAAUCAUAACGAAGGUGAUGGUGAUGCAAGACAGAAGAGACUUAUUGGAAUGGACCUAGUGCGGUUGGGCUUGGAGAGAGGCGACUCUGCCGAAGGUGCCCUGGACGUUAUAACAUCACUCCUAGAGAAGUACGGACAAGGUGGACCCUGCUCUGAGUCAGAUGACAGCCACUUCUACCACAACUCAUUCCUGAUUGCUGAUCCCAAAGAAGCCUGGGUGCUAGAAACAAGUGGAAAAUACUGGGCGGCAGAAAGAAUCACUUCAGGCUACAGAAACAUUUCAAAUGGUCUAACUAUAAGGACUAAAAUUGAUAAGCAUUCGGAAAAACUACAGGAGAAAGCUCAGGCUAUGGGUCUCUGGGAUGGGAAGGGUGUGUUCGAUUUCACCAACGCCUUCUCCUCCGGCGGUGACGAGAUUCGUCAACGAGCUGGUGAGAAGCUGUUGGAAAGUGGCACGGCGUCCGGGGCCUUCGACGUGAAAGACAUGUUCCGUAUACUCCGAGACAAGGACAGCUCCAUAUGCCGGGACUGCGACGACACUUUCCCUACUUUGGGCAGCCAGGUGUCAUCGCUAUCGUCAGAGGGUAUAAGUGUACACUGGUUCACAGCUACUCCGGAUCCCAGCGUGUCAUACUUCAAACCCUUCGUGUUCACACCCAACGCUGCUAUCUCCGAAUAUACCGAGAGUCCGAACGAGCCAAAGAGAGAGCACAAGCUAUACAAGUUACACGCAGAGCACGUAGUCAGAGCGAACAACGACAAGAUCUCCAAAGUCCUGCAAGAAAUGGAGGAUGGAUGCAUAGCCGAGAUUGCUGACUUCAUACAGAAGUAUACCAAGAAGGAGAAAACUUUGGGCGAAUUAGAUGAUCUGAUGAAGAAGUGCGUGGAGACUGAAGUGAAGUUGUAUGGUUAAGGUAAUCUAUAGGCACGUUAGACCCAUACAUUAAAAGGGCGACUAACCCAAAAAA